AUGUACUUCGACAAGGCAUCUGACAUCUGGAAAGCCUUGAACAAGAGGUACGCACAGUCUGAUUCCCAUAGAAUCUCAGAAAUCCAGAAUGAGAUCUUUAGAAAUGUUCAAGGCAGUAUGUCAGUGAAUGAGUAUUUCACUAAGUGUAAUGCAUUGUGGCAACAGAUGAAUGCAUUAAGGCCCUUACUUCUGUGUGAAUGUACACCUAAGUGUUCCUGUACACUUAUGGCUAGAAUGCAGAAAGAAAGAGAAGAUGAUCAAGUAAUUAGGUUCCUAGAGGGACUAAAUGAUGAGUAUGAGACCAUUAAAUCAGGAGUUCUUAUAAUGGACCCAAUGCCUGACAUGGAGAAAGUCCUAAACAUGACUCUGAAAGUGGAAAGAAAAUUCAGAAACUUUAUAUCUCAGAAGCGUAGUGAGUUUGUACAGUCUAAUGCCAUUCAAAAUAACCAAACCAACUCUGAGGAAGAACAGUCUGUUGUAGCUGUUUCAGCUUCCAAUGGAAGAAGAAAAUUUAACAAUAAUGGAGGGAAAAAUGUUCCCAAGUGCACCUUCUGUGGGAUGCUUGGUCACACAAUUGAAAAGUGCUACAAGAAGCAUGGAUAUCCACCUAGUUGGGUUGCAGUCUAUAAAUCCAAAAAUAAGCAAGUACAAGAAGUGCAGCAACUGUCUAACACCUCUGUGAACCAGGUGGGAGAUAUUGGAUUGUCCAAUGACCAGUUUCAGAGGUUAUUAUCCCUUCUGCAAGGCCAGAAUAAGGGAAGUCAGGGCUCAUCCAAUGCUGCUGUGUCAAUGACUAAUCCUGGAUUGAGAUCAGAUUUCAGAAACUCAACAAAUAAUUCCACUGAAGGCAUGUUUAUCUCUCACUCUCAUACUGUUAAUGCCAUUUUGGAUUCACCUACUGUUUGGAUAUUGGAUUCAGGAGCCACAGAUCACAUAACUUGCUCUAUGGAAUACUUUGAGGAUUCUCAAAGAGUCCUAGGAAUCUUUGUCAAAUUGCCUAAUGGAAAUGUAGUGGGGGUCACACACAUUGGACAGAUUAAGCUUAGCAAUCACAUAGCCCUCAAGAAUGUUUUAUACAUUCCUUCAUUCACCUUCAACAUUAUAUAUGUCAGCAGGUUAGCUAAACAUUUUGGUUUCAAAGUUGUUUUAGAUGCUGACUCUUGUGCUAUUCAGGGGAAUCAUGGAAUGAUGGAUGGUUUUGCUAUAGAAGAGAAUGAGCUGUAUCUGAUCAAUAGUCCCCCAAUCAAGAAGGGUUCACAACAUUUUGAUAAUAAUUGUGCCAAAGUCAAGGUUGUGAGGUCAAACAAUGGGACUGAGUUUAUGAUGAGUGCCUUCUACAAUGACAAAGGAAUCACUCACCAAAAAUCUUGUGCAUAUACCCCCCAAAAAAAUGGGGUGGCAGAGAGAAAACAUCAACACAUUUUGAAUGUUGCAAGGUCCCUGAGUUUUCAGUCUGGAUUACCUGUUCAAUUCUGGGGUCAUUGUGUCAUCCAUGCCUCCUAUUUAAUCAAUAGAUUGCCCAUUAAGAUCCUUAAUGGCAGGUCUCCUUUGAAGGUCCUUACAGGAAAUGAUGUGGACUAUAAUCAAUUAAUAGCUUUUGGAUGUUUGUGUUUUGGUGCAACUGUCUCAAAGGGGAGAAACAAAAUGCAAUCUAGGGCAAGGAAAUGCAUCUUCUUGGGGUAUCCAGCUAAUGUCAAAGGUUAUGUCAUAUAUGACAUUAAUAAUAAGUCUGUCUUUGUUUCCAGGGAUGUCAAAUUUUAUGAGGAAAAUUAUCCUUUCAAACAGCAGUGCUCAGUAGAAAAUGUGGUUGGUGCUCAUAAUCCCUCUUUACCUAAUAUUCCUAUAUCUGACAGAACAAGCUAUGACUCCUCAGAAACCAUACAAAGAGUUGACUCUGAGGAUAUUGAUAGAAGUCUUGAUAAUGAGAGAUAUGUCAUUGAAGAAAGUGAACAUGGCAGUGAAAUAAUUGGUGAUACACAUGUUCACAAUGAAGGCCAGCUCAAUGAUGCAGAUAUGGUCAUUGAUAUACAUCUGGACAAUGAUGUACCUGAAAUAAAUGAUGAAGACAUGGCAGAUGAUAAUGAUCCACCAAGGAAUUGUACUGAUCAGCCUAGAAGGUCAGCAAGAACUAAGAAUAUCCCUGUCAGAUUGAAUGAUUACCACUACCAAUCCAUGAUGAGAACAUCCCCUCAUCAAAUCAGCAAAUUCAUUUCCUUUGAUAGUUUUGUGUCCUCUAUUACAUCCACUCAAGAGCCACAAACCUAUCAUGAAGCAGAAAAACACCAAGUAUGGAGAGAAGCUAUGGAAUCUGAGAUAGAAGCCCUUGUCCAGAACAAUACAUGGACUCUAACAGAUUUACCAAAGGGAAAGUCACAAAUUGGUUGUAGAUGGGUCUAUAAAGUGAAACACAAAGCUGAUGGUUCCAUAGAGAGAUAUAAGGUCAGAUUAGUUGUAAAGGGAUACACUCAGCAACUUGGGGUAGACUACAUUGAGACUUUCUCACCUGUGGCAAGGAUGACCACCAUUAAAACUUUCUUGGCCUUAGCUAUUUCCAGAGGAUGGGACAUUCAACAGCUUGACAUUAAUAAUGAUUUUCUUCAUGGAGAUUUAAAGGAAGAAGUUUACAUGGUCUUACCUCCUGGAUUCAAGUGUGACAAGCCAAAUCAAGUCUGCAAGUUACUAAGAUCAUUGUAUGGCUUAAAACAGGCUAGCAGGCAGUGGAAUGCUAAAUUGACAGGAGCUCUUCUUCAUUAUGGUUUUCACCAAUCAACAGCUGAUCCUUCCCUCUUUACCAAGACUACAAACACAUCAUUCACUGCUUUGCUUGUAUAUGUAGAUGAUGUCCUUGUUGCAGGAAAUGAUUCUGGUCAGAUAAGAGAGUUAAAACACCUGGUUGAUGAUGCCUUCAAAAUCAAGGAUCUUGGACCGCUAAACUAUUUUUUGGGAAUUGAAGCCCUAAGAACUCCUACUGGCAUAGAUGGACAGUUUGUAAGCAUAGAUGGACAGGAUGGUAUGAAGCUCAUUUGUGGGAUAAUAGUUGCAGGAGGGAAGGAUCUGAUAAUCACUAAUAGUGUAUCUGGGUGGAUAGAACUAUACAAGGAGGAUAAAGCAGCUAGGGUUUAUGAUCUUGCUGCAUUAAAAUACUGGGGAACUUCUACAACUAUUAAUUUCCCAAUCAGUAACUAUGAGAAAGAAGUGGAGGAGAUGAAACACAUGACUAGACAAGAAUUUGUAGCUGCAAUCAGAAGAUUUGUCACUCGCACCAGAAUUCAUGGUGACGAUAACGCCGCCGUGGUCGUCGGCGACUGGCGGCGGUCCGGUAGCUGA